AUGGGCUGGCAUGACCAGCUGCGCUUUGGGAAGGGCAUUGGCACUUCCAAGCCUGAGUCAGAUCCUUCGAUUGAGCAACCAGCAGCAUCAGUCCGAUGGGCCCCUGCGGUGCCACCACUGGACCCACGACAAAGCACUGGAGGUCUGGGUGUCCAGGAAGACCAUCUUUCAUUUGGGCGGCCCUCCAUGCCUUCAGCUGAUUUGCAGGAGUGUCCGCCUUCAUUCGAAGCUGAACCUGUGCAGUUUCCAUCAUCUCCAUUUGUCAAUCUAUCUGGCCCUCAUACCCUGCAACCACCAGUUCCACCAUCAACACACAUUUUUUCCUAUGGGCCCUGGACAGAAGGGACACCAGCUUGGCAGCCUCCCCUGCCACUAACACCUCCGCCUCUGCCACCCUCGCCUCCUCCACCGCCACCACCACCUCCCCCCCCUCUGCAACAGAGAGAGUAUGAUGAACACUCAAACGAGGUGCCAAGGCUUGAAUUCCCCAGGACGAUGAGCGAGAUUAAGUUUGGUUUAGUUGGAGGACCAGAGGACAGGGACCCUGAGAAGGCACAGUUCAGCGAGCUGGCCAGGGCGCUCAGUGCAGAGGGAGCUGUGUACAUUUUGUACCCCGCACCAAACACUGUGAAUGUGCUGGCCUUCACAUCUGCAGUGUGCUCCGGUGGCUUGGAAGGGCUCCCAGACUUUGUCCUCAACAAGUAUGUAGACAGACCAAUCACUUUUCUUCGCGGCCUGGAGUAUCUUCAAGAGUGCAUCAGCCAGAGGGAGAAAGGAGAGCAGCGUGCACUGCCUGCCUUGAAUCCAUUCUCUUCCCUGUACCCUUCAGGAGUUAUCGUUGUCAGUGAUUUGGAAGCACUGACCACUGUGGCAGACCCUUGCUCCACGUUGGAAGAACUUCUUGGCUUGCUCGCUGAUGGAAAGCGCAUUGAUGCAGCGCAUGAGUGGGUGCUGAAGAUCAAUUCACAGACUUGGAAACAGAUGGAGGCAGUCAGACAACAUGAUGCUGUUGUGCAAGGCCUAUGGAAUGUGCUGCAUAAGGAUGUCUUUCAAAACAAAAUUUUCCAGGUGAUGGCAAAAUCGGAAGAGUCAUCCAGACCGGUGGCAGACCCACCCAAAGCUGUUCGAGAUGCAGUCAAAGUUGCUUUUCAGCAUCGUCAUGAUGUCAGGUGGGUAUUCUUCAUGCAUCCAGACCCAGCAACUUUCAAGUCUGAAGAGGAUCGUCGCCAAUGCCAGAAGUAUGUGCAAAGUGCUCAGAGCCAAACAACGCUCGUUGCAGAGACGAUGGUGAGGGUGGUGGAUAGAAUCCGCCACAUAUUGAGCCAGUAUUAUCAGCGAUAG